CCGACCCCCCGGGGAUCCCCAUCGUGGUGGGCUUCACCUCGCGGUCCGUCGACCUCUCCUGGACGUCCAGCCCAAACAGCCAUCACAGCGUCAUCCUGCACUACAUCAUCCACAUCAGGAUCGGCGAGAAGGGCGACUGGGACACGAUGAACAAGGUGAUGACGUCGGACAACAGCACCAACUUCCAGGUGAUCGGCCUCAAGCCCUUCACCGUCUACUCCUUUCGGGUGCUGGCCGUCAACGCUAUCGGCGCCAGCAAGCCCAGCAAGGAGUCCUUCUACAUGGUCACGCUCAGGGAAGUGCCGGAGGGGAAGCCGACCAUCGUGCACGCCCAGAACACGAGCAGCUCGUCGGUGCGAAUACAGUGGACGGCCCCUGCCCGGCACACCAUCCACGGGGAGUUCGAGGGCUACCGCAUCACCUACAGGCCCCGGGACCGGACGCAAGAGGAGAGCCGAGAGAUCAUCCUCAGGGACAGCAAACAAACGCAAUAUACAAUCCGCAACUUGGAAACCUUUACCCAAUACCUGGUGUCGUUGCAAGUGUUCAACCCAGCCGGCAGGGGACCUGCUGUGGUCGUUCCGGUCAUGACGGAUGAAGGCGUGCCCAGCUCGCCCGUGAACCUGACAGCUGUUCGGGUCACGGACACGACGGUGCGCCUGAAGUGGCGUGAGCCUGUGCGGCCCAAUGGGGUCCUGCAGGGCUACCACGUCUACUUCCAGCCGUCCCGCAACGGGUCCUCCCAGCAGCAACGCAAGACGGUCUCGCAUCCACAGCCCGUUGAAGAGUACAUGCUCAGCGGACUCAAGCCCUUUUCGUUCUACGACAUUUGGGUGAAGGCGUUCACCCAGCAGCACUUGGGGGAAUCCAGCAACCUGCUCAAGGUACAGACGGACGUUCAAGGCCCCAGUGCCCCGGUGAUAGUGAACCUGACGUGCCAGUCAUUGGACAGUCUCUUCCUACAAUGGGAGCGACCACAGACCUACUACAACAGGGUGGACUACUACUUUGUGCACUACCGUUCUGAGGAGGCCUGGAGCUUUGAAGAGAUCGCCAUGGCUGCCAACGACCGGCUGGAGCACGUCAUGUUCAUUCCCAACCUGACGGCCAACACUCUGUACGAGGUGAAGGUGCAGGGAGCGACUCGGAGCAUCAUUGACCAGACGACGGUUUUCAAAGGGCAGUUUUCUGAUUCCCGGAAGGUGCUCCUUCAGAGUAAGUGUCAGACGUUUGACGGUGCUUAUGCGGACCCGAGUCUGAGUGCUGCAGUGGUGGCGGGCGUGGUGUGCGUGUCGUUCGCGCUCUUGCUGGCCAUCAUCUCCUUCGUCCUGUGGAAGAAAUAUUUCCAGGCCGCUUACUAUUACUUGGACGACCCUCCGGGAAACAGGGCCUCCCCCCAGCUUUCCGAAACGUUUGACGACUCGGAAUACGCUUCGGUGCACGUGAGCCAAUGGGCGAAGCACGUGGCAGACUUGCAUGCCGACGGAGACAUCGGGUUCUCGAGGGAGUAUGAGACUUUCCAACACUGCACCGAUCCGGAUCUCACGUCGAGCUACUCCCAACUGAACGAGAACAAGCCUAAAAACCGCUACAUCAACAUCGUGGCUUAUGACCACACUCGAGUCAUCCUGAAACCCAUCCCUGGCCAAAAGAAGUCAUCGGACUACAUCAACGCAAAUUACAUUGACGGCUACCACAAGUCGAGGGCAUUCAUCGGCACCCAGGGCCCCCUGCCAGCCACGUUUGACGACUACUGGCGCAUGGUCUGGGAGCAGCGGGUCUGCAUCAUCAUCAUGAUCACCAACCUGGUCGAGAGAGGACGGCGGGCGCCGAGCGUGCUCGAUGAUUUGGACGGCGGCCGUAAAUGCGACAUGUAUUGGCCAAAGGAAGGUACUGAGACCUAUGGCAUCAUUCAAGUUAAGCUGGUUCAAGAGAUUGUCAUGGCAACAUACACCAUUCGCACGUUUGCCAUCAAGAACAUCAAAGUGAAGAAGAAGCAGGCGUCUGAGCGAACGGUGUACCAGUAUCACUACACCAACUGGCCAGACCAUGGGGUACCAGACCAUCCUCUGCCAGUCCUUAGCUUCGUAGCCAAGUCUUCUGCUGCCAACCCUCCCGCUGCAGGCCCCAUGAUCGUUCACUGCAGCGCUGGUGUAGGAAGGACGGGCACCUACAUCGUUCUGGAUGCCAUGCUGAGGCAGAUGCGUCAACGGCAGAGCGUCAACGUGUACGGCUUCCUGCGGCACAUCCGUCAGCAGCGCAACUACCUGGUCCAGACCGAGGAGCAGUACGUCUUCAUCCACGACGCCCUGCUCGAGGCCAUCGACAGCGGAGACACGGAGGUCGGGGUCUCACAGCUGUCUCGCUACGUACAGAGUUUGCAGACGGCGCAGGUCGCCACCACGGGGGCCGGGGACAACGAGAAGUCCUGGUCCCUCCUCGAGAGACAGUUCAAGCUGGUGACCAUGUUCAAGGCCAAGGACUUCAAUGUGGUGUCAGCUGUGAAGCCCUGCAACAAGGCAAAGAACCGAUCGCUCAACCUCAUCCCCAUCGAGUCGCACCGGGUCCACAUCACCCCCAAGCCCGGCAUCGACGGCUCGGACUACAUCAACGCCACCUUCCUACAGGGUUUCAACCGUCUGCGAGAGUUCAUCGUGACGCAGCACCCCCUGAUGGACACCAUGGCCGACUUCUGGCAGAUGGUCUGGGACCACAACUCGCAGACCAUCGUCGUGCUCUCCGUCGUCGACGAGAAGGAGCACCCCCAGUUCUGGCCCGACACUGACGAGGAGCAGGACUACGGGAGCUUCAAGGUGAAGCCGACGGGCGAGAGUGCGGCAGCCCCCGUGGCGGAGGAGAAGGGGGCCCUGAUGCCGGGAGAGGGGGGAGGCCUGCCCAGCCGGGACUUCAUCCUGCAGUCGACCCAGGACGACUACGAGCUGGCCUGCCGCCUCCUCCUGUGCCCCGGCUGGCCCCAGAGCUGCAGCCCCCUUGCCAAGGCCUUCGAACUCGUCAAGGAGGUCGGGGCGAGGCAGGAGCGGGACCAGAACGGCCCUGUCGUCAUCGUCGACAGGUAUGGAGGCACGGAAGCAGCGACUUUCUGCUGCCUCUCGGCAUUGUACCGCCAACUGGAGAGGGAGAAGUGUGUGGACGUCUACAUGUACGCCAAGCUGUAUCACAUGAGGAGGCCCGGAAUAUGGAAAUCUCAGGACGACUUCCUGUUCUUGUAUCGUGCACUGGAGAGCCUGCUGGCUGCAAGCUCGUCGUCGGACGGUUCGCUGAACCUGGUGGCCAACAGCACCACCACCAAUGGCCAACUCAGCAGCAACGGGCACGCGGUCAAGAUCGAGGAAGUCGCAGGCGGGAAGCUGGAGAGCCCCGACUGAAGCGAGCCCGCCCCAUCGCCACCCUCCCCCCCACCGAGAAGGGCGCCCCCCGGGCGCCGGGCACAGCCGCCACGUCGACGUGCUCCGCCGCUUCCCGCGGCCACGACGACGAGAACGUUUCCCUUACGGUUUCCUUCGCGCCGAGUUUGGGUCGACGGCCUUCGUGCGAGAAGACGGAAGACGCGAUGCGACUGGCAGCUCUCGCCCCCCUCUUCCCCUGCGACUUCCUCGAGACAGGUCCUUUGCUUUCUGUGAAUGCCGGCGUGACCUUUGGUUGACCUUGGUUUGACCUUGGUUUGUUGAGAAGGUACAGAAAUGAGGGGUAGUUGUAAUGUGAAACAUCCUUUGGCUCGUCAAGGGGGAGUAGCCAGAUCUAGGGAAGCCCAAAAGACGGACUGCGAAGCUCGACGCCGAUUGGCUGGUGUAAAGGUCACGUGAUCGCCGCCGAUUAGCUAAUUCGGGCGAGUACUGGAGGCUAUGGAAAACUGCCAGGUUUUUAAAGCUGACUGGCGCCGGUAACUUAAUUCCGGGAACUGCUAUAAAGUUUAUAUGCCACGUGUUAAGUUAUACGACGAGGAGUGCCGUGAGCAUAGGUGCCAAGCUCGGUAACGUCCCGGAGCAAUAUUGGAACGUUUCACGUAUGACGCAAUUGCCCAGCAGUUUACUACGAAUUUUUUCCGUCUGCUUGCGGGCUUGCGAAAUCAGGAUCUGUAGGUUUGUCGAAGUAGAAAAGGCCGGACGGGAUGAGCUGCGUAAAAACGGUAUUUUCUGCCAAUAUUAGUAGAUGUGCAGCCUACUGUUCCUAAUUAAUGCAUUGAAUUAGAAUCUAAGAAAAUUUGGUUGGUUGGGGCUUGGCACCAGCAAAAACCAAAAUAUAAAAAGUGUGGCCGAGAUCAGUAUUCGUAAUGAGCACCUCCUUUUGACGUGACUGUUGUGAAUGUUUUGAAAGCCUCGAAAUUGCAGUCAGAAUGUACUGCUAAGUAGUAUUUGCUGCUGCCUGUAUUAGCCACCCAUUUCUAAGCUCGAGUCAAAUAGAGCAUUAAUGUAUAAACCGUGACAUUCAUUUGCCUCAUUCGCUGGAAUUGUGCCGCGUGCACAAUCUUUAGUUGCAAAGUUUUUAAAGUUAAGGUUUAAAAUCCAAGACUGGCAGCUUAACCUCCAUUUGGUGAAGCCCAAGAAAGAUAAGCAUAGGUAGUUUCUUCAGGAUAAACAGACUGCAAUCUCAGAAGCACGAAAUUUUGGAAUCUGUCAACUCCAACGCAUUGAAUUGGCAACAAACCUAAUUGGAAAAAACUGAAGUGGUUCUGUAUUUCAGGGAAAACACUUAAAUCCUCUUCAUUUGGCCUCCAGGAUCACGAACAUCAAGAUUAUUUUUCAAUUUGGUGCACAGAGGCUGCAGAAAAUAAUUUUCAAAGUACCGCCGAUGCCCCUCCUUUUGAGAGCGUGACAUCAUAUCCAGAGUUUUCGGAAUCUCCGCUCUCGCGCAUCUUCAGCACCCAUCAGGGCUACGCACGUGCACUCUUGCUAUUUUCAAAAAGGUCAAAAAAAGACGUCACGACCGGUGCCAGUGCGGGGGAGUAUACCUGGCAAGCUUGCAGCUGCAUGUGCUGCCUACGCGAACGACACGCGCUUGGCGGCCGAAUGCUCUGCGUAUGACGUAACGACUGGUCGGAGGUUUUUCGUUUUUCAUCGCGUUUAAUUACAUCGUCGGGGAAAACGAACAUGAUAUUUAGAUUCCCGGGAUAAAAAUACUCUCAAAUUCACCUCUGGCAUGUUUUUCUUCCUUUUUUUUUUUUUUUUUUUCAAGAACCUUUUAUAGUUUUCUUUUAAGUUCAAUACUCUGAAUGGAUUUACUGACUGCAUUGCAUGAACGAAAACCUGUCUCGAGGAAUUGGGGGAUUUUUGGUUCCGUUUAGGUUCCAGUUUUGAUCUCUCAAGAGCAGCUAGCGAUCUGUUUGUCGUCUGCCUCGUUUAGGACCGUCUGCAAAUCUCGUCAACGCGCAACGGUUGCAUUGUGGGCGUGCAUUUUACGCCCCACCCUUGUUCAUUUUUUUUUUUUUUUUUUUUUUUUGUAAAUGGUGUAAGAUAGAUUUUUACCCUGUCUUAGUUGUACUUUACCCUGUAUUAGUUGUACAUUGCACUUUGAGGCUUUACUGUUUCUUGUCAUUAGAUGCAGUAUGUCUAUGAUGUUUUGUGUUUUCACUCAUUGUCAUCAUUUAGGUGGUUUUUUUAUGUUUUGUCUGGAUUUGUUUUAUUUGAGCACCUCACUUUUGGAACAAAACAAAUGACUAGCGAUUUCGGGUAAGCCUGAAGUCGAGAUGUAACUUAACGGCAUAGACAUGGAACAGCAGACGACGCCCCGCAGCGUGGGGACGUGUCGUCUGCUACAAUUUUCUCGUUAACUGCUCAGCACUGCCGCCUCAGCUACAAUUUAUUUAUUUAUUUUGCCUUCCCCUGAGUCUGCCUUUUCGCGUAUACGUAGCGUCGACCAGCUCACAAAGAGAAUAUUCUCGACCUACGUGCUUCUUUGCCGUGUUUUCUUGCGAAGGAGAGCUAACCGUUCUAAACGUAAGGUUGUCUGCUAAAAGUGCAGCCUCCAAACUGCCGUGCCCGGAGGACUCCACUUCGUCAUCGUCACCAUCCCUCCCGUAAUCGUCGGUUUCGCAACGCGCUAACGGCCAAAGACGUCGGAACGCGAGAGUUUUUCAUUGACGUUUUUAUUUUAUUUUAAAGGCUGCGUCGCUGUGGCCGGACGUGCAAAGAAAGAACGGGUUUUUGGUUCCGUGACUCCGAAUAUGACACAGCGUAAAAGAAGGAGAAGGAAGGAAGGCACCGAGAGAUGGAAGGAAAGGGUGUGAGGUGGGAAGGAAAGAGACAGACGAUCCUGUUCGCGUGCGAAAGCGUACCAACUCUCGCACGCCGCACGUGAGAACACAUACGCACACGAGACACACGCACACACAACAAACAUCGCCGCAGAAGACAUCCAACCCCCGACACUCCACGACGUUUCUAGUCUUAGCAUCUCUAUCGCUGCUUUUUGUGCCCUCCCAGAGCUUACAGUGUUUCCACUCUUCCUCAGUUUGUUCAUUUCAUUUUCCUUCUUUUUCUCGCAGUCCCCCCUAAAUACUCGAACCAUUGUCGUCUUCUUGCUCUUCGUUCCCUCGUCGAUACCGUAGAGAAGUCCCCGUCGGAGCUUGUUAAACGAAUUCUUGAGAGUUUGCAAGGCUGCCGCCCUUUCCCACUGCCGCUAGCGAAGUAGCGAGCGUUCGUCAACUAGACGGCGCCUAUCCGCGCGCUACGUUCCUAUUGGCGAAGCGUUUUCCGGUGGCAAACAACUACACAGAACCGUAAAAGUCUAGGUGCUUAGGAAAGCUCAACGGCUCGAAUGCAGCCGCAUGUCGCCGUUAGGUUGUUUCGCCGUGUCCGAAGCAGGACGUCUUAACCGAGGUGUUGCGUAAGUGCUGAGGUGUUGUGUCAGUAAGCUGCGGAAGCAGACGUUGUUAACUAGUGGUAGUAAUUUUAAUUAAGGAAGGUGGUGAGGGUUCCCUUUUUCCCCCCCACCGGUAGCGCUAAUAAACAAAAAAGAAAAGUGACCCGGUAGCGGUCACCCGCCUCCGAAUUUCCGCCAUGCUCCUAUGCUUGCCACUGUCGCAGUUUUGAAACAGUUCAAAGUUGUUCAGAACGACCAGUAGGCUUAGUGAACUUUCAAUUGAGAUGCAAGAGAGAACCAACUAAAUCCACGGCGCUGUUUUUUUCAGUUUCCGGCACGUUGUCGCCCUCGAUCAAAGGUCAAGAGACCGGAUCAGUUUCGUAUGGUCGGCACGCUGUGCCACAUCCUCUGACAUUCCUUCGUGGGAGAGGUUUCGACGCCCUGUCCUUUACUUCUUGGAGAUCUUAAAAGCGGUGGACCAACAUUGAGAUUGUACACAAAAAGUAAAGCGAAGGCUGCCUUUGCGUUUCUCGGAGAGGGAUUUGACGUGUACCAUAGCUGUUGGCGACCAAAGCCGUUCGCCGUGUGCUGUCGACCGAUACGUGUUAUUUAUCCUCACGAAAUGGCGUGUAUUGCAGUGUUUUAUUUUUUGUCCCCAUAGGUCUUCCUUUUCAUGCUUUUUGUCCAUACACUAGACCCUGGAAAAUUAAAUUUUAUUGUAAUAUUUUUUUCCGUGGAGACGCUUAUGCCGAAAUUUAUUCAGCUCGACCCGUGUAUAUAUUGAAUGUUAAUUAUAAUUAGCGUGUUAUAUAUAUAUAUAUAUAUAUAGUUACAUUGUGCAUGUCACAGAAUAGGUUCUGCGCAGCCCCGUCUGCAAGUGUUCAACAGUUUGCUGCUGAAUUUGCGACAAGUUACUUUUUCUGCUUCAAUUCAUUUUCGAUUCUGUUUGCCCUUCUACUUUUGAAUUGUCUUUUUCUAGAGAGAGAAAGAUGUGGUUGAUUAGAGACAUACCCUUCCCUGUUCGAAGUGAAAAGUUGCUUCCUCUGAUUCUGCUAUAUAUAAAUCUAUAUAAAGAAAAAAAUCUAUAUAUGUGAUAUGUAUUGACUGCUCAAAAUAAAAAAAAUAAAUGAAGACCAGAUAUCACCAUCAACA